AUGCCAGUUGCAAGACCUGUUGAACAACUCUCAAGUAUGUUGGUGCAUAGUCUUGAUGAUGAUGAAUUUCGUAAUAUGUUAUCGAUUGCUGCAAAACCACGUUAUGGAACCAUCAGCAACACGAAAAAGUUUGACUCGAAUGCAAGAGAGAUGAUGAAUAAUGGCAAAAAUGAUGAAGAUGAUAAUAAGGGUAAAAUAUCAGUCACAACAAAACUCAUUCUGCACGAAAUGCAACGUGUCGCUGAGGAGAAGCAACGAAAGGAUGACAUUGGUUAG